AUGAAUUCUGACUCCAACUCCAGUAGAUCUUCCUCUCCCGAUAUGGAUGGGCUGUACCACCACCUGGCUGACGGUCGACUCAACUCGGUGUCCUCCACGCAGAACGAACUCCUGCACAAAAUGGCCAGCGAGCACCUGAGCAGGCACGGCGAUAAAUCACCUGGCGGCAGCAAGUACAAGCUCAAAAAACAGAUCACCGAGGACGAGCUGCACCAGCUACGGCUGAAGAUCAACGGGCGCGAGAGGAAAAGAAUGCACGACUUGAACAUGGCCAUGGACGGGCUGCGCGAAGUCAUGCCCUACGCGCACGGCCCGUCGGUGAGGAAGCUGUCAAAGAUAGCCACGUUGCUCCUCGCCAGAAACUACAUCCUGAUGCUCAAUAGUUCCCUGGACGAGAUGAAGCGGUUGGUGGGGGAGAUCUACGGGGGACACCACUCGGCCUUUCACUGCGGGACCAUUGGCCACACCGGCGGUCACACGGCGGCCAAUCCCGCGCAUCAGGUGCAUCCCCUGCUCGGGGGCGCACUGACGUCCUCCACCUCGUCCACGCUCUCCACGACCUUACCGGGACUUACUUCCAUCCGGGCGCCGCAUUCCCUGAUGAAGACGGCCCCGGCACCUCCUCUGCAGCUGGGCGCCGGGUUCCAGCACUGGGCAGGUUUGCCAUGCCCCUGCACCAUAUGCCAGGUGCCCCCCACACCCCAUAUUCCCAUUACAUCAACGGGACUAACGAGACUCAGUGCCGAGAACAAGGAAGGGAUGAAGUGA